UGGCUAUUUUUAAUAUGAAAACAUAGGGAAUUCCUUGAUCAAUCUAUCUUUAUUUAGGGCUCCAGCAGGAAGGAUUGUGGCUACCGAAGUUGUGAAGAUGGAUUCUGUAACCGUUUCUAUCGAAUCGCUGCAGGAGUUUCAAGUACAAGAGGUGUCUCUCGAUGGACAGGAGACAUAUACUAAACCUCUGUCCAUGUCGGAGAGCCUUGCCAAGCUUGCCCAUAAGAUUGAUUUUACCAAACCGGAGGGUGAGGAGAUAGACGGCGCUCUUGCUGAUGAGGAUAAAGACACAAAGAAGGCUGACGUCAAGGAGGAAUCGCCAGCAGUGCAAGCCGUACAGUGGCCCUGGGAAUCGGUGCACAGUAAACUCAGGUGUGCCCUGACUGAAAUCAGCGUGUUGUCAGACAUCUUGCACAUUUGCCGAUGGGCUAAGGAUCCUCGUUACAUGGUGCUAGAUCCUGUCUCCCAAGAACCAACACAAUCCAAGCAAAUCAUUCAGCUCUUGGACAAGAAAAAGAGUCUGGGAGUUGCAGCAUCCGUCCUCAAGAGCGGAGCAAAUCGUAUGAUGCGACAACCCCUGAAUGCCACCACUGCCAGCCCACAGAAGUCCCAGCAUCAGAAUGACUUCCAUGCAGACCUGCUGAGGUUGAGGCAACACUGGCGCCUCAAGAAAGUGGGCAGUAAUAUCCUGGGCGAUCUCAGCUUCAGAACAGCUGGAUCCCGCUUUUGGCACAAUGGAACCUUUGAGGUGACCAAGAUAACCGACGUGGAUUGUGAUGCAACCGAAAAGAAGAAUGUGACUCCACUGAAGGUGACCAUCCCAUCAGACAUAGAGGGCACCAGUCACAUCCAAGUACUCAUACAAGAAGGAGAAGCAGAGAUUGCCACAGCGUCCUUGUCACAGCCCAGUAGGAGCCGUGUUUCAGCUGAUGCUCACUGGCAAGAGAGGCUCGAGGCGGCACAGACUGUGCUCUUCUGCAAGGAGGUCUUUGCUCAGAUUGCGCGAGAGGCAGUACAACUAAGAUCACCGGUGCCCCACAUCGUAGUUGGCAAUCAGAUCUUCUGCACACUUUUCCCCGGUGUCCGGCUCUGCCUUGCGUUAUGCCACAAUACCAGUAUGGAUUCACAGGUAGGCACUCAGUCAUACAGAACCGGACUGAAGUGUAGAUAUCACUUAGGAUACCAGUCAACCUCCAGUUUUGAUUUUCGACUCGGGAUUGAACCCUUGAGGCAGCCCAAUCACAGCCACGCCUUGGAGCACUCCCUGCAUCAGCUCCUGAGAGAGCUUCACCGCAGCAACUUGAGCGGAACCACGCCCCGGCCCAUCACAGCAUCGUUGACGGUCAGCAAGAAGCGACGAUUGGCUGGACCUCAGGCCAUCAGCCGGAAAGAACUGACCGACAGCCAACAAGGGGAGUGCUUGUUGGAGAAGGUCUUGAAACAAGCUAAGCACAUUGUUUUGAGGAAAAGGGUAGCCGACGUGAUCAACCAGCUAUCCAGUGACCUACAAGAUCCUGUCAUUCUAGUGCAUUGGAGUGCACACACUCAACCGCUGGUGUCUACAGCAAAGAUCCACAUCUCAACUAGCGGCUAUGAGCAGAUGGCCAUGAUAUUGCUUCAACUUACUGUGGAAGUAGACCAGAUUCGAGUGCUGUGUAAGGACGGUCGUGUCAUCCAUGCCAAUUAUGAGCAGCAACAGUUGAAGGACUUGCUUCGAUGCCAGAUAUCCCAGCAUCAGAUUGCCUGCGUGUUUUCCCUGUCCAAAUCAAUGAAUAUGCAUGUCCUACAUUAUAACCUCCAUCUUGGCGUUGGUUCUGCCUCCAAGCUUGGCAACGCUUCAUCGGUGCUCAUCUCCACCCACCAUGGCCAGAGGACGCUGGCUGUACGGAGCGACCCCCUAAAUGGCAUACGAGUCCAGGUGAAGGGAUGCAAGAACCCUCAUGAUACCGAACAGAAGAGCAACGUGGUGACAGAUCCAAAGUGGGAGACCAUCAUGACGGACUACCGGGAGGUAGACAUGGACCGGAUACCGGGCAGAACCUUUGUCAACAAGAUGGAGUUACUGAUGGCUGUGCUUGCGUCAUGAGGGGGAACUGUUAAAAAACAUUGCACACCGCUUUGAAGACUGGCUCUCCAAAGUUGCUCUGAACCAAGUAGCAGUUGGAGCAACUUGGGUCAAACCAACCAGAGUAUGGUUUCAAACAUAAUAUGUACAGUGGAACGCCGCUAUAACGAACAUUGUGGGAUCCACAGAAAAUGUUCAGAAUAGUGAUCGUUCGGUAUGGGCUCCGUGCACAAGUACCCCAUCAAUGGCCUGAAAAGGAGAGUUGGGGGUGACCUAGACUGGUUCCUGAUCCAUCCACUGCGUAUUUCAAAUGAUAUCCAAAGUUAUUGGGAUCGGGGAUUAGUCUGGGAGACCAUUAGAUUAAAUUUGAACGUAUUUGAAUGUAUUCGCGCGCCGACGACACCUGACACUCACGCACGAAGACGCUAUGGCUUGGCUUUGUGCACAUUCAGGAAAUAAAUAAGUCGUGCCUACUUCGGGCGCGAACUACAGUGUGCACACGCGGUGUCCUGUCCAAGGGGCACUCAGAAUUGGUAAAAGCACGCCCUCUUUUGUUGGCGCACGGAGCCCAUAGCAAUUGUAAGCUGCCAGUGCUCCGGUACUUCAAUAUAUAGCGCCCUUCAGAACUUCACCCUUCACGCCCUGGUUGUUACUGAAAGACGACUUGAAUUAUGUAAUUACAAAGUUUUUGAGCUUACUACCUACAGCAAUGGGUGGCUUUCCCCUUUUAUCACUUGUCGCUCUUCUGCUGACAUUUUUUGGAACAACAAUGUUCAGUAGGUUUUGUACACAUCAUCGUCAUCAAAUAGUCUACAUUUUAUACUCUGAAACUGUUACCUGAUAAAGAAUGGUGCCAAUGUACACUUUCGUUUAUCUGCUAGACUUUGUGUAAAGUAAACGAAUAUGGUCACAAUUAAAUUGAAUUUAUCUCAAUUCAUUGUAUUACAAACGGAAAUGCUUAAUGGGGGUGACAUGAAGUUUGCACUGGAACUUAUGCAAAUAUUUUUCCUCUGAAAUGUAUGAAAACUACGAGAGAUCCCUUUUUGGUUAAUAUGUUUGUAAAUCCACUUUUUUAACAUUUAAUAUAUUCCAUGCUUUUUUCUGACAACUGAGGGCGCUGUUUCUGUGAUGUCACAUUAGGCUCACACUAAGGGUUUUCUGUUCUUAUUGUGAACCCUAAUUUUUGGUAACUGAAAACAUUUGUGAAUAAAUUGUGUUCAUAGACUUACUUUCAUGUACUGAUACAACAGACAAUGUAUCACCAAUGCCAAAAAAAUCACAAUUGCAAAACCCGAAAAUUCUGGAAACUUUUGAUGCUGGAGCAAAUUUCUGCCUAAAAUGACAUUGAACAGAACUCAUACUCAUAGCAAGAAUGUUAACUGUUGGAGUAAAAAGGCCCAAGGUACCACAUUUUUGAAGCGCUGCUAGAAUGAAAAACCUGAUGUUGUUGGGACUGAGUCUUGCUCAACAGCUUUGUUACUUCUCAAUAUUACUCUGCGUAAUUGCACGUGGCUGUAAACAUAAAACAUAAUUUGUUGGAAUUCAAAAAAACCUGAACGUUUUGGAGAACAUGAAAAUACACGUUUUUGCAUCAGUGAAUUGAAGAGAAAAAUAGUAAAUCGGCAAUUCAUUCUUUUUAAUAAAAUGUGCGGUUAUGUGCCGGCAUGCGAAUAACACGA